AGCUCGCCCCAGGGCUCCCCAGACCCUUUUUCCGCCGGCGCGGCGUCACGCUGGCCGCUCGACUUCCUCGGGGAUCGUCGAUGCGCUCCUCUGGCCAGCAGCAGCUCGAGCCGGGAUGUCUCACGGGGUGGCUGCCGCGGGCAGCCUGUUGCAACGAAGCUCCUCCUCGGAAGGCGCUCAGCAGGGUCACGAAGAUGAUGAAAGGAAAGUAAGGCGGAGAGAGAAGAACAGAGUUGCUGCCCAGAGAAGCAGGAAGAAACAAACACAGAAAGCUGAUAAACUCCAUGAGGAAUAUGAGUGCCUUGAGCAGGAGAAUACAUCCCUGAAAAGAGAGAUUGGGAAGCUGACAGAUGAAAUGAAACAAUUGACUGAUGUGUUGAGAGACCAUGAAAAGGUCUGCCCUCUUUUGCACUGUUCCUUAAACUUUGGCUUGAUGCCUAGAAUUGAUGCCCUCAGUGGUCCCCUGCCAAGAUGA